CCGCCACCAGCUUAGGAUAGCCGCAAUCGAAGACCAAAGCUUGAGCGCUGUGCACGAACACUAAGAAGAAUUGUACCUGCAAACGAAGUGAUGAAUUGAAUUGUUACAUUAUUUCGUAUUAAGGUUGUUUUAGUCGAGCUUCCAAUGAAUAUGAGCAGCGCACCUCAUAUCGAUAGGAUGUCAAAUAUCUACAACAACUCAGUGGUUCGAUUUUAUCACUAUGUGUUUCACGAUCUAUCGGAUCCUCGGACAAGAGAUUGGUUCCUCAUACCAUCACCCGUACCUGGUGCUAGUAUUAUAAUCGGUUAUUUGUAUUUCAUCCUAUCUUGGGGUCCGAGACAUAUGGAGCACAGAAAACCAUACCAAUUAAAGAAAAUUCUAGUCUUCUACAACUUCCUGCAAGUUCUCCUCAGCUUUUGGCUAUUUUACGAAGGUCUGGACGCAGCUUGGCUUCGAAAGUACAGUUGGAAGUGUCAACCUGUUGACUAUUCUAACUCACCAGACGCACUUAGAGUCGCCAGAGGCGUAUAUAUUUAUUUUUUGGCGAAGCUGUCGGAACUUCUAGACACAAUAUUCUUCGUUCUAAGAAAGAAAGAGAGCCAAAUCACAUUCCUCCAUUUGUAUCAUCACACUGUAAUGCCGAUGGCCUCUUGGGGCGCUACCAAAUAUUAUCCGGGUGGACAUGGCACAUUUAUAGGCGUUGUUAAUAGUUUCGUGCACAUUAUCAUGUACACGUACUACUUGCUAGCUGCACUACUACCUCAGUACCAGAAAUAUCUAUGGUGGAAGAAAUACAUCACGACUCUCCAAAUGGGUCAAUUCUGCUUGGCGUUUCUGCACAGCUGCCAAUUGCUCAUUUACGACUGUGACUACCCAAAAUGGUCGCUCAUCAUAAUUCUGCCAAACGCGAUGUUCUUCUACUUCUUGUUCGCCGAUUUCUACAGCAACGCGUAUAAGUAUAACGAAAACUAUUCGAAAUCGAUAGAAGGCAAAGAGAAUAGAGUCGCGAAGAAAGUGGCAAAUGGAAACACGCAAAAUGGAAAAAGGAAAAUGAACUAGUCUAGAAAUCCAUGAGUAAGAAACAAGCAACGAGAAGAAGAAAAAUCGACUAGAAUAUUCGCUCGUUGCCGUUGGCUUCAACGCGUUAAAAGUGGAUCAUCUACGAUUGGUCGAUGAAACGACUAUGGGAUGUUUGAAUGGAUUUACAUUCACGGUGACUGUGCUUUUGAUCCUUCAACGUCAAUGGUUCCAUGAACAAGAGGAGCUGAAUUUUACAACUACGAAAAUCUUUUGAAAAUUCCCUAGGAAAGUCGGAAAAACUUAUUUUCUUUGGUUCAUGUCGCGUCUGUUGGCGAUAAUGGGGAAGAAGUGUAUAUUUGCGCAUAAAAUCGAUCGUUUCUCCUUGAUCGUUUGCGGACAGACUGUCAUCUACGAAGUCUUUAACUGCAUGCGUCAAUUAUAACCAUUCAAGAAUGUGGAGUAAUUACUAGCGAUAGGAAUUGAUCAGAAAGGGGAAAGACGCGUGAGAGUUUUAAUUGAAGUUACACAAGGUAAAUUCAGAAGAAAAACGCCAUACUUGUAAUAUCUUCUAAUCGGAGAAAAAGAAUUGUAUAUGUUGCGUCUUGUCGUAACCCUGCUUGUGUGCAUGAAAAAAUACGUUAGUACCUGCUCGACUCUCAAUGUACAGGUCUGUGUCUGUGAACCAUUAAAGCGAUAACUGUACAAAAAAUUACUUAAAAAUUUUAUAUAUGUGAGACAUUACGCAAUGCUUGUUACAAGCGUAAUGGAGACAAGACCUAUUUUACUAUUUAGUAGCUUCUUAUCAACUAGUAAACACAGAAAAAGAAUUUAAGGAACAGGAAUUAGUGCAUGUGACAUCUUUAAGAUGUAGGAGAGCUGCCAUUUUAGCAACGUAUUACUUUUUGUAAUUUUUAUGAAUUCUGCAUAAGGAAAAUUGAGAAAUGCUUUUGCUUUUCAUAGUAUAUAAGCGUAUUAUUGCAAUAAAAAAAUUAAUCGUUUUAAUCAAUAUGAAGCCAUAUUUGUUAUUGAGCCUUAAUCAAAAAGGGUGGCGUAUCUCCCGAAUUUACCUUACAUUAAUAUAAUAUUUUAUAGAUUAAUAUAGAAAAUAUUCUAACUAAUCGUUUGACGAUCCGCUUAAAAAGAAUUUACUCUUGAAUUACAUCAUUACGACUUAACUAGAAAAUGAAUGUGAGUAUUCACGUACUUUAAAGAAUUUGAAAAUACAGUUUCAUCGGACUAAUUUUUAGUUUUCGUGCUCAAUUAGACAGUAUUAGAUAAAUAAAAGAACAGAUCGUUCUUCUGAAGUAUGUAGACUUACAAUAUAUUACAACGGGAAUGAAAUUGACUGGUUGGUUUUAAUGUUAGUAUAAUUUCAAUCAUUUCAAUCGUCAGUCUAUUAACAGAUUAAGACUAUCUAGAUAAUAUUAUCGAAUAAUAAGCCUUAUGACGGUCAUUUAAACGGCACAAUGUUUUAACAAGGCUGCCAACUUCUUCGAUCUUCUACGUAAUUAUUAAUUAAACCAAAGUAUUUUAUACAUUCCAUUUUACGACGUAGAGUUUCAUAAAGGGCAUCAAAUAAGUAUAAGCUGCAAAAUACAUUCAGGUCGAGUAAAUAAUCAAAAUUUUAUAUUGAUUACCGCCGAUGAAUUAACGUACCGUUUCACAAAAACAGUGAGGGAUCCAGUGGACUUUUUCACCCGCAAACGAACAAGUACGAAAUAAUUCUCAAGGAGAAACGCAGUGUAUCUCUGAAAAUAAAUCUGAAAUCUCCCGAA